GCGGUCUUGGAAUUUCUGUCGUAGAGUCUUGAUUGAUUAUUGAGAUGGCGAUGGUGAUGAUACGUAACUUGUAUUCGAGAAUUCAAGGAAUCCCUUUCGAUCCACUGGAAAGCGAUAGUACGACUGUUCUCCCGUACCACGAAAUACCGUCUUCUAGGGAUGGUGGAAACGAGACGAGAUGAGUUCGUCCCGGAUACUUCUAGCGACGGGCUGCCAUCAACCGGUAUCCAAGAAGCCCCCCCUGGGAUCGGAGAGGGCCUGGGCUGCAACGGCAGUCGAGUUCUAGAACCCCGACGGUUGCUGCAGGCCCCGAUGCAACGGGAUCGUGAUCACCGCAGGAAGCGCGUGGUGCGUUUCUUGGUUGGGCUGAUCUUGCUCUCGUGCAUACUUUGCGUCGUCGUCGACUUUGCUCGCGACCGGAAGAUCGAGUCGGCCCUGGUGGGAUUCCUGGAGUGGACCCGCGAGCACACCUAUGAGGGCAUGAUCGCGGUGAUACUGUGCUACAUCGUCGCCACGGUUUGCUUCAUUCCCGGUUCGUUGCUCUCCUUUGGCGCCGGAUUCGCGAUUGGAUCGUCGGUCGACACUACGUUCAUGGGCAUUGCCCUUUCCUCGGGUGUAAGUAUUGAAUAGUUGUGAAAUGGAAUCGAAGGGAGAAAAUGACAAAACCAUUGAUAUAGUUCGGCGUUUCUAUUUGGUAUUUGGCAACUCGACAAAGGCGGACCCUAACGGAUGUAAUUUUGCUAUUUCCAGUGUGUAUUUCUAGGCGCUUCCAUUGGUUCGAUCUGCUCGUUUCUUCUUGGCAGAUAUCUUUUUCGCGACUGUGUCCUACAACUCGCGUUUUCCUACCCGAUCUUUCAAGCAAUCGAACGGUAAGCAAACGAUCGUGCAUGUUUCAGAGAUUUCCUUUCGACACCGUAUCUAUCGGUCGAAAAGGAUCCCGGUAUUUUUUUGGCGCAACAUCAUGUCGACUGAACAUGACUCCUUGUUUCUGCUUCUGGAUGUACACAUUGACAAAAAUCUUGCGUCCUGGAAAGGGCACUCGAGACCAAGGGUCUAAAGAUCAUGGUUCUCUUGCGACUGAGCCCUCUCAUCCCGUACAACGCACUAGAUUAUAUCAGCGGAGUCACCUCAAUUUCGCUGAAGCACUACUCGAUUGCUUUGCUGGCCAUGCUACCGGGGAUCAUAAUGCUGUGCUCAAUCGGUGCCAGCGCCUCGAGUUUGUCGGACMGAACUGCUUCCACUAGCAACGCAACGGUGAAGAUCGUCACCAUCGUCUCCGGAUUGUUGUUUGGUGGCUGUGGAGUGUUCAUGGCAUCGUACUACUCAAAACUCGAGCUGGAUCGGGUAAGAAUUUUGUUGUGCACCCAAGUGAUUUUUUUGUCCCAUAGAAUGGCGCAAGAUUUUUCAGUGCGAUUCAUCUCUCACUGUUCUUCUGCUUGAUCUUUCGACAGAUUUUGAUUGAUCAAUCCACGGGUAGCUCUGCUCUCUACUAUGUCGCUCAUGAGCUGUCGCAAAACGAAGCCGAAGAGAUUGCGAUUGAAUUGGGUCGGGACGAAGAAAGCGACGAGGAAGUCGUCGACGACAACGAAAGCGAAAACGAGGAAGGACGCGAUUCCGAACAGAUCCACGACUCUUGGGGUACAGCAGCGAAUAACGCCACAUUUUCAUAGCAGCGUUAGCUCGCAGCCAACUUCCUUUUCAAAAUAUUUAUAGGGGGGGGAGUAAUAUAAAUAUUGAACCAACCAAGUAGCUUAGUAUUGGAUAUGCGAAGCGUCCGAGAACGCGAUCAACAGAUAGUUUACAGAACAUUCAGGGCUUGUAAGUAAUGUACCUCCCCUAAAGGAAAGCAUAAAAGGUUUUGGUAUUGAUUUGCAUUGAUGUGUUUUGAUUUAUUUUAGUUUUUUUAUGCUGUAAAUAGAUGAACUUAUUAGCU